UCCACAUAAUUUAAGUGUAAAUUAUGAUUUUAAUGUGAAUCCCAACAUGGUGGAUCAUCUCCUACCUUUAAUUGUGAAUAAAAAUUCGUAUCCUGAAAUAUGAAAAAUAUGUACUAGAAUAGACAUUUACAAAAUAUGGUGGAUCAUCGCCCACCUUUAAUUGAAAAUGAAAAAUCGUAUGCUAAUUGGAAGAAGGCAAUACAGCUAUGGUCGAUCGCAACGAAUGUUCCAAAGUCAAAACAAGCUAUCGUAGUCGCUCUGAGUUUGCAAGAUAAAGCAAGAGAAGCAGCACUAGAAAUUGAAGAAUCAGUUCUCCGUAGUGAGAAUGGAAUCAGAGAAUUAUUGAAAAAACUUGACAUUACUUAUAAAGAGUUAAAAGCUGAUUGUUUUUCUGCAUUUCUUGAUUUUGAUUCUUGUGUGAGAUGGCCUUCAGAAGCAAUGGCAUCGUAUAUUACCAGGUUCGAAAAUCGCCAUUCGAGACUCAAAAUGUUUCAAACAUCUAUUUCUGAUGAUAUGUUGGGCUUGAAACUUCUUGCUGGUGCGAGAUUGUCUACCAGUGAAUCGCAGAAAAUAUUGAAUAACGAUAAUACGGAAUGGAGUAUGUCAACAAUAUCGCGAAUCCUACGCGAUAUAUCUGGUUCGGCAAAUGUAUUUGAUUUUACGAUACCAAACUCAUGGUCUUCAAGUUUUCUCACGCAUGUUGAUACAGAUUCCAGAAUUUUUCAGAGCAAGCCAAAACCUGAAGUAGCUCAGUCUUCAAAAUUCACAUUUUCAAAACCGGUGUUUGGAAAUGUUGGAUUGUCAUCAACAGACUCAAAAAAUGUUCAGAGCAAGCAAAAACCUGCAGUGGCAGAGGCUUCGAAAUUAACAUUUUCAUAUUCAGUAUCAGAAAAUGAUGGUUUUUCUUCAACAGUAAGAAAUAAAAAGAAUGAUGAUGUUAUAUUUGUGUCGAAAGUAAAACCAACGGAAGAUCAACGCAAAAGAGCUGAAAAAUUGCUUCUUCCAUCUACAUUUUAUCUAUAUGAAAAUAGAAUAUCAUGUGAUUUUGAUGAAAGGUUAGAAGAAGAAAAAGAAGACAAAAUACUGAAAUAUAUUCAUGAUCGAGAUAAUGGAAAAUUAAAUUAUAAACUACAACAUUAUCCUGCGUGUGCUGAUUCAUCAAUGACGACUACUGUUACUUCUAUUACAUCAUCAACCCACACUUCUACAAGUGCUACAUCAUCAUCUUUCAAAUUGUCAACUAUAUCUACAACUACCAGUCAGACAAUGUCACAAAGUGUUUCCCAAACACAAGCCUAUUCUAAAAAAGGAAUGUUGAUUGCUGAUAAGAAAGCUGGAGCGUGGAAUGGUUUUGAUUGUUAUGCUCAGAAUGGACCUACUGACUCAAAAUGCCUAUGCUGUGGUACACCUAAUCUGUCAGCACCCAAAGUUGAGGAAGCAAAAGGAAAGCCUUUUGCAUCAAAAUUUGGCACUUCUUCAAAACCAACUGGAUUUGAGGUAAUAAGAAAAAAUAGGUCCAGGAAUUGAGCCGCAAAAUGAAUUGAAAAGUCACAGAAUGAUUCAAUCACGAUUAAGCGUUGCCCAGAAGACAUCAAAUGUCCACACCAAUAAUUGAUUCACCACUUCAUACCUCUGCAAAAGUAUCACUUUUGAAAAGAAAGAAAUAGUUUUGAAAUCGGUUGUUGAGCAACUUGCUAAAUUAACGACACUUGUCUCUGAACUACAAGAGAGAAAAGAAGUUGCAGAAUCGGUAAAAUAUCAAAAA